CUGCGCACAACCGCUCAGAAUGUUGAGCAGAACAGAGUAGAGCAGAGACGGACAGACACGACGAUAUUUAUUGACCGUGUUUUUUCUCCUCCUUAGUUUAGUAAAGCACCCGACCGACUCACUAUACAACACACACGACCAUGACGGAGCCGCAGUCAGCGCUGCUACUCAGGAGACAGCUGGCAGAAUUGAAUAAAAACCCAGUGGAAGGGUUUUCUGCAGGACUGAUAGAUGAUAAUGACCUCUACAGAUGGGAAGUGCUAAUAAUUGGUCCUCCUGAUACACUGUAUGAAGGUGGAGUGUUUAAAGCCCAUCUCACAUUUCCCAAAGACUAUCCUCUCAGGCCCCCCAAAAUGAAAUUCAUCACAGAGAUAUGGCACCCAAAUGUUGACAAGAACGGUGACGUAUGUAUUUCUAUUUUGCACGAGCCGGGGGAGGACAAGUACGGUUACGAAAAGCCAGAGGAACGCUGGCUCCCCAUCCACACUGUGGAGACCAUCAUGAUUAGUGUCAUCUCUAUGCUGGCUGAUCCAAAUGGAGACUCUCCUGCCAAUGUGGACGCAGCAAAAGAAUGGAGGGAAGACAGACAUGGUGAAUUCAAACGGAAAGUUGCCCGUUGUGUACGAAAGAGCCAAGAGACUGCCUUUGAGUGAUGUUCAUCCAGCAGCUUGUAGCUUCUCUAUUUUCAGGGUCUCCGGUCGAGAAACAACAAGGCACUGUUUUCCUGCACUCUACCACCCUAUUGCCGGACUCGUCUUGAUUGAACGUUGGCAGUAACAAGCUGGCAUUAGUAGGCUGCAAUAGAACAAUAACAGCUCGUACAGAUAUGGACAGAUCAUGCCAAGCAAGUGCCAACAUCAAAACAACGUUGGGGGGGAAAAAACUGAAAAAACAAACAAAAAAAAAAGAAAAGAAAAUGCGUAAUAACCAUAACAUAUUACGCAUUUUUACGCAAGUCUAUGAACUGAUACAACUUUCAGGAAAGAAAUUGUAAAGACCUGUAAAUAGCAGACAUAAAAACCGGAUAAUAUAUAAAACUGUUCCUAUCCAUCCAGCGAGACACUUAGUACCAAAUAAAUAGUGCUUUUCGUAGUUAGAGUCCUGUAAAGUUCUUUAAGAAUAUAGUUCAUUUUCCCUUUCCCACCCAAACCCCCAGCAGCCUCUCAUCUAGUGUGCAUCAGUUCGGUUACAGGUCACAUUGAGAGACGAGGUUUGUAGAAUGGAAAUAUGGGCUUUUUUGGUUUUCUUUUUUUUUUUUUCUUUUUUCUUUACCUAGAUCCCCAUUGCCCAAGAAACAAUAAAUGCCAUAAAAGGUGCAUUUUCUUCAUCGCAAAGUGGACUAGUUUUUGAGGAAGGGUGCAAGGGCAGGGAGGCGGGUGGGGGUCGUUGGUGCUACUGUUGUCAGAAUUCCUAUAGCAUGCACGUCAUGUUGGACACCUUUUCACUGAGAGGACAUUUGAGGUAAAACUCCUGUAAAGCACGAAAAAAAGAUGAUUUUUGCCAGCUGCCAUGAGCGUGUUUCGUUGGCUUGGUUUUAACGCCAGGGGCUUGGGGAGGAUCACGGAGAGUCCUUGCUUUUGGUUCUAGAGGAACGCGAGGACGUGCUCGACUCUUGCAGUGAGUUUUCAAAGGCAGAGGAGGCGUUGAAGAAGCCCGUCCGAUGUGACAAACCUGCAUGUUUGAGCUCAUAGAUUUUAAUGUUUCUUUUCAAAAGUGCCUCCGAUUGAAAUUGCUUGGCUUAUUGCACCUCCCGCUUCGAAUCGGGAGCAAAAAAAGGGCGAGAUGUUGAGAGAUCGCUUGCUCUGCACCCCUUCAAGCUUGUGUGGAUGUGUGAUUGUUUUUUUUUUUUUUUUAUUUUAAAACCCUUUGUACCAGCAUCAUUGGACUAUUAAAGAUAUUGAUAAUUUGGUGUAGCAAUAACGCCCCUUUGCCUCACCUCUGUAUGUAGUAUACCCUGCCCCCCACCCAAUGUGUUGAAUUUCAAUAUUCAGAGAUGAUAUAGGGACAGUCAAACUUUUUUUUUUGUUUUGUUUUACAUAAACAUCUCCCACCAUUUAAGCAAAUUCUUUUGCAGGGCUUUUUUUCUUUUGUGUGGUGUCUUUGAUAGGAUUCGUUAAGCAUGCUUUAACUGUAGGUUUCUCACAAGAAGUUUCUGGGAUUUUGUUUGAAAGGUGUGCGUGUUUGGAUGUUACAGAGAGAGUGAGUGUGUGCGCGUGUGAUUCGCUAUCCUACUCCCCACAGUCCUUUAUUCUCCGUUUAAUUUUAUUCUGGCUCUGACAGACUACUGCAGUUUCUCUUGCCUAAUGUACAAAGACAAAAUACUGAUGUAUAUUUUUCAUGUUAUGGAAAUUGUCACCUUCUCUAGUGAGUUCUUCUAAAAUAUAAUUUUUUUCCAAUA